UGUGCUCUCCUCUCCUGUCCUGUCCUGCCGGCGCUGACCACUCCGUCCGACCUGCCCCGCAUCCAGCCACGUGCCCAGGAUCCCCCCACACCUUUCCCCACCUCCCAGCAGGAUGCCCCCGGCCCGGCCUCUGCCGCGGGGCCCCGGGAGCUCAGGGCCGGGCCAGCCGCCCCCGCAGAGCCUGGCCCGGGGCCUCGGCGCUGGGAGCCCCGGUGCUGGGCCGUGCCAGCGGCGGCUGCGGAUCUCAUCAGUGGUGGAGGCUGCCCGGGGGGACACCACAGGGGCAGGGCCGGCCUUGCCGUGCAGGCAGAAAGCGUCCGGCCGCGGGAUGGCGGGGAUGGCACUGCCCCUCUGCCUGAUCCUCGCUGCCGCCCUGCAGAGCGGCCUGACCCGAGCACCGGGGCCCCCGGCCCGCCCCGGGCCCCUGCUCCUGCGGCUGCGGCGCCUGGAGGAGCAGUUUCUCCGGCUCCAGGAGGUGACACUGAACCAUCUCCAGGGCAUCGCCAGCAACUACAACAUCUCCUACAACAUCGACGGACGUUUCCAGGCGCUGGCGGAGCAGGCGGAGGCGGCCGACGCUGCCCGGGCCGCCCUGGGUGCGGAGCUGGCCCGCCUGGCCACUGCUGGCCGGCGGCUGCGCCGCAGGCUGAAGAGGCUGGAGGGGACAGUGGGUGCCCUGAGCCCACACCGCCUGCUCACCCACCCGCCGGCCGCACCGCUGGAGGCUGGCACCGAACCGCACGGGCUGCCAGACGCCGCCCGCAGCCGGGGCAGGCAGCUGGAGCAGCAGCCACCGGGCCAGGCUGUCCGCAGCACCCCCGGCCCCCGCCGGCCGAAGACGCGGCGGUGGCAGCAGCACCGGCAGGAGGAAGGGCACUGGCUGCCGGCUGCUGCCGGGCCCGGUGGAGAGCCCGGGGAGGAUGAGGAGAGCCCUCGGGAUGCAGAACCAGCACCCCAGACCAUGGCAGCGGUGCUCCCCACCGUAACCACGGGUCCCCAGGAGCAGCCCCCAGCCCCCCGGCAGCCGGGAGAGCCCAGGCACGGUCUCCCGGCCCCGGUGCCCCCCUCCCCCGCCUGUCGCACCGGUGCCGUCCUGCUCUUCCCCAACACCUCCGCCGAGCACGGGGCCGUCCUGGGGCUGGGGCCGCACCGGGGGCUGCGGGCGGUGUCACUCUGUGCCUGGCUGGCCACCCCAGCCCCUCGCCUCGGUGCUCUCCUCUCCUACGCCACCGAGGACGGGCACAGCGAGCUGGCCGUGCAUGGCCGCGGUGGGGAUCGCCCUGGCUCUGCACGUUUCAUCCUGGGGCACGGGCACUUUCGGGAGCUCCCGGCGGCGCCGCUCCUGGAUGGCAAAUGGCACCACCUGUGCCUCACCUGGUGCUCCGGCCAGGGCCAGUACCGCUUCUACGUGGACGGGAGGCUGCUGGCUGCCGGCUCCGGCUUCCAGCAGGGCUAUGAAAUUCCCGCUGGUGGCUCGCUUGUGCUGGGCCGGGGGCAGGACGGCCCCAGCAUGGACCUGGGCGCGGGAGAAGCUUUUGUGGGUCACCUGGCUGGCUUCGCUCUCUGGAGACGGGCCCUCCUGCCCGGGGAGGUGGCCAGAAUGGCGACCGGGCGGGGGCUGCCCCGAGGCCCCCUCCUCACGCUGGCCGAUGCCUCCUUGCGGGGCGGGGUGCGGAGGGCGGCGUGUCCCUGCCUCCAGCGCUGCCUUGGACGAGGCUGACAGCAGGAGCGGUGGCGGCUACCAGCGGUCACGGCUGGCUCACGGUGCCGCUCCCGGCACGAGCUGAAUCCUCCCGGGGUGAUGGGACACCCAGCACGGAGGGCGUCUCAGGAGCGGUACCACCGGGGGGGAAAGGGGUCCUGGCAGCCAGAGCUGGGACCAAAGCCAGAGGUCGCCUGCUCCUAGAGGAUGUACAGCCCAUGGUUCCUAUUAAAAUGCUCCUA